UUGGGAACGGUUGUCCUUCAAAGUACCUUCAUGAGAGAGCCGACUGCUGUUGCCGGAGUGCAGUUUUUGUAAAGAAACCUUCAUCUAACGUAUUGCAUCGAACAAAUCAGCGUUCAUCAACUCAUCUACCCUGGGCACAGCAGUGAUUUCGUGAAGUUUCCUCCCCCCGGCAAACAUACCCAAAGCGGUGCAAAAACACGGCCCACCACAGAAAUCCUACCGCCUACCAUCUCAGUCUCGCCGUCGGGUGGGGAGGGUGGGGAGGCGCUCGCGCGCGCGUAUAUUUACGUCCAAUAUAGCACCAACACUAGCGCAUAACCGGUUGUCUGCCAGUGUGGUGUGCGUGAGCGCGCUGUGUUAUGUGUGGCGGGUUCUCUUGUAGCUUGCGGGAGAAUCGCGUUUGCUUUGCUCAUUCAAAUCUAUUCUACUUUUCCACCGCAAAGGUCGUGAUUUCCUUUCCCGGAGCAGCAGCAGCAGCAGCAGUUGAAGCAGCAGAAGGAAUCAUAGCGGUGUAUGACCGUGAGCACAGGCUUCGAGCACAGGUUCACGAAUAGCCCGAGCAAGUCGUGUUUGUGCUAAGCUCACACACAGCUUCGUAGUUUUUUGGCGGCAGCCGUGCACCUUUAUCGUUGUGCUACUGUUUACAUUUUAAGGUGAUCCGUUGUAAUCAUUGUAAUUUGUGAGUUAGACAUCAAAUUGUGCGUGUGUGUGUGCGUGUGCGUGCUGAAGAUAGUUUGUCUCCCAACCACACUCGACUCGUUUUAAAGUGUCCCCCCCCCCCUUCGACUCCGAACCACCCUCCUUCACCCUCCUUCACCCCGCUUCACCCUUCCUUUGCGAUGAGAGUGUGAUAAAAAUAAAGAACUAAAACACUGCGUGCAUUAACAUUGUUGCUAGAGACUGGGCGGAGAUGAUCGUGGUGUUUGAUUUACGCGUGUGUGAAAUAGAGCAAUAUCUUUAGACCGUGCGUAACCUUUCAUUCUUCUGCCUUCUCCUCUUUUCCCUUCCAACCCGGGUGCAGCACUGACACAAGAUAUUUCCUGUGAGAAUAAUCGGUCGUCGUCGCCGUCUUCGUGUCGUUCAUCAUCACCGCGCGUAAUCACUGUGUUGCUGAGGUCAAAGCGUCGCAAUCGGUACACGACUUGUGCCCUAAUCUUGCCCUGUGCGUGCGAUACGGCCUACAGGUUCGACAACACAGUAGGCCGUUCGAACGCGGCCUGAAGAACAAAACGAUAGUGUGAGAUCGCGUGUGUGAGAAGCGGAAGCUGCAGGAAAAAAGCCGGAGAAAAGGAAGAAGAGGAGAUGUCCUCGUUAAAUCGCGAACUGUCCACGGACAGCGCGUUUGCCGCUGGCCGCAACAGUUGGAAUCGCCACUAUCAUAACAGCGUCGUGCAGCCUCUGUUGACAGAUCUGUACCAAAUAACGAUGGCGUACGCUUACUGGAAGUCGGGCAAAAUCGACGACCACGCCGUGUUCGAUCUGUUCUUCCGCACGAACCCAUUCCAAGGCGAGUUUACGAUCUUUGCCGGGCUGGAAGAAUGUUUGAAAUUUCUCGACAGUUUCCACUACUCCGAAACAGACAUUGAGUAUUUGAAACAUGCCCUGCCCCAAGGCAUCGAGGACGAGUUUUUUGAGUAUUUAAGCCAACUGACGGCGAAGGAUGUCACGCUGUAUGCAAUAGAAGAGGGAUCGGUCGCUUUCCCAAGAGUUCCCUUGAUAAAGGUGGCCGGGCCGCUAAUUAUAGUACAAUUGCUUGAAACAACACUUUUGACGCUGGUAAACUAUGCGAGUUUAAUGGCCACAAACGCCGCCCGGUAUCGUAUGGUCGCUGGGAAGCACAUACACCUGCUGGAGUUUGGGCUGCGCCGUGCCCAGGGCCCGGACGGGGGCCUCUCCGCCUCCAAAUACUCCUAUAUCGGUGGGUUUGAUGGUACAUCGAACGUGUUGGCCGGCAAGCUGUUUAACAUUCCAGUGAAGGGUACUCACGCACACGCCUACAUUACCUCGUUCACCGGAAUCGACGAGCUGAAGACGCGCGUACUGCAGCACAAGGAGGAUGGAACGACCCGCGAUUUGCUGGAGCUUGCGAUGGAACAUCGAGCCGCAAUCGCGAGCGUGCUGGACGUUUCCACGGACGAGAGCAGCGAGGGCGAGCUGGCCGCGAUGGUGUCGUUUGCGAUCGCGUUCCCGGACGGGUUCAUGGCCCUAGUCGACACGUACGAUGUCAAGAGCGAUAAAGCUCUCGGUGAACCGACGGAGGAACUGUCCGAUCCGCCCGAUAGCGUUGUGUGCGAUUCGCUCUGUGCCGGUCGGCUGCUCGAUCAGGACGCGGAUACAGGUUCGCUGCUUCCGGUGGGGUGUACCGCGCUGCCCGAAAUACCGGAAGAGGAGUGCAACGGAUGCUGCGCGGAGGAGCACGGCGAAACACCCUGCACGCUGCAUGACGAUGUGGAUGGGGAACCAUCAUCGGCAGGCGAUGAGCAGGAGCAACAGGCUGAAGAGGAAGCAACUGAGCCGGACGCGGCGGAAGAAUCCUGUCCACCACCAUCGAUCACGGUGGAAGAUGAAGACGAGGUGCCGGUGGGAGAGGGCGAACCAGGCAAAGGUGGAAGCGAUGAAAAUGGCAAUGAAGACAUUGAAGAUCAAAAUGUACGUAACGCAACGGAGCAGGAGCAGGAGGAGCAGGGCGAAGAUGAUGAGUCACAUGAGAAUCAGGUCGUUGUACCAGAGGAGGAGAUUGAGGAGCAGAAAGAAGAGGAUGAUGGCGGUGGCGAUGGUGGUGGUGGUGGUGGUGGUGGUGAGGAUGAGAUUAUCCGUUGUGCAAACUGUGAAGCAUUGAACACCAUGAUCCAUCAUCUCAAGUCCGUUGGAAAGUCCUUCAGCCGAACGUGCUGGCUUGAGCGUUCCCUUGCCGAGUUUAGUAGAGUAGCGGCACAUCAUAUAGAACUGCUCAGCUAUUACGACUUGACCCGCCACCAUCACUCCCUGUCGAGGAGCGGAUUGCUGAACUUCUGUGCCGUAGCGCUGGGGCUGAACGAUCAGGGCUACCGUGCGAUCGGCAUUCGCAUCGAUUCCGGCGAUCUGGCGUACCUGAGCUGCCUGGCGCGCGAAACGUUCGAGCGCAUCGCGGAACGGUUCAAGCUGCCGUGGUUCAGCAAGCUGACGAUCGUGGCAUCGAACGACAUCAACGAGGACACGAUACUGAGCCUGAACGAGCAGGGCCACAAGAUCGAUUGCUUCGGCAUCGGAACGCAUCUGGUAACCUGCCAGCGGCAGCCGGCCCUCGGUUGCGUGUACAAGAUGGUGGAGAUUAACAACCAGCCCCGGAUCAAGCUGAGCCAGGACGUGGGCAAGGUGACGAUGCCGGGCAGCAAGAACGUGUUCCGGCUCUACGGAGCCGAUGGGCACGCGCUGAUCGAUCUGCUGCAGCGGGUGGACGAAAACCCGCCCGAGGUCGGCCAGAAGGUGCUGUGCCGCCAUCCGUUCCAGGAGUCGAAGCGGGCGUACGUCAUUCCGACCCAGGUCGAACCACUGUACCGGGUGUACUGGGCCGAGGGACGGGUGGCCCAGGUGCUGCCGUCGCUCGAGGAGGUCCGGGAGCGGGUGCAGGCUUCGCUGCGCACGUUGCGCCAGGAUCACAAGCGGACGCUGAAUCCGACCCCUUACAAGGUGGCGGUAAGCGAUAAUCUGUACAACUUCAUCCACGAGCUGUGGCUGCAGAAUGCACCGAUCGGCGAACUCUCAUGAUAAGUCGGUGGUCACGCGAGACGAUGGAAAUUGGAACUCUGGUUCACACACACCACCACCACCACAACAAACCUUGUAAAGGCGUGGUGCGCGUGUUGGCAGUUUGUGUUCUUCGAUUUCAGCAAACAACAUUGAUGCAGUGUUGUGCGGUUUAUGGUUUUUUUUUUAAGUUAUAUGUUUCGUUUUCUUUAGUUGUUUUGUUUUUAAAAUUCAUCCCAAAACCAGUGGAAACUCCUUUCCGUGGGGUGCUGUUCCUGAAACAACUUUCACGUUUAAAAGCAUCCGGCCCAUGGGAAUGGCAGGGGAAAAAAGAACAGCUAUUCUCAAAACUAAUCCCCUUUUACCAAGGGUGCUGUUAGGAUCAUCGCACAGAUUGUUUGUGUGUGUGUUAGUGAGUGUAUUUUGUGUGCAAAGUAGUAGUGCAACGUUUGUCAGUAGAUGAAGACAGUUUUUACCGGUAAAACCACAUUUCAAUACAUAAAACACAUACAUAAACGACGGAAUUUGUUGUUUGCGCCCCAGAAACGUGCAAUUGUAUGGUGGUGUAGUAGGCAAUAGGGAGCUUAAAGUCUAGCAGGUGCGAUAUAAAAUGUUGGUUGGUCUUUCUCCCCACUUGCCCGAGCUCUCAAGCUGGACGACUGUGGCGUUCGUGGGUUACAAAUUGUUAUGAUGCGCGCUAGAUUAGUUAAUGUAGUAGCUACACUCUUUCCAAGCCAUAGGGGUUUGCAUGAAAGCUUAUUUUUAAUCGAAUAAAAACACGGCACCACAAACAAACAAACACGUACCAGAUUGGAUCACAAACACACCUCUACGGGAACCUGCAAUACGUUGUUAAAGUAUACAUAUAUUUUUAAAUAUAUUCAUAUUGUGACAGUCAUUCCUUUUUCUCCAACACGAUUCCAUUCCCGACUCUGGAGCAGACUGGAGGAUCAAUUGUUGGAUUAAUAGUUUCUAUAGACAGAGAACAGGUGUGACUAGUGAGAAAAGAGAGAACAAAAACACAUAGCUCUCCAACAUAUUCACCCAUAACAACAACUAAGCGCACCAAAAAGGCAUUUCUAACCCAUAAAGCUCCUUAAAAGUCCACAAAAGCACAUGUAAACCAUUGAGCAGCGUACGUUACAAUUUUGUACCUUCUUCCAAUUAGCAAAAGCCCCAACAGGAAUCCCAACAGGACAGGACAAAUGGAAGUAAAACGAUUUAAAUUUGCCCCGCACCCAGUGCGGCGCAAUCGAUAUUAUCCCUUCAGCGACCCAAAGGGGGGGAAAGGGAAGCGUCUUGUGAUAUUGAUGGAUUUGUUGUGUAGAGUGUGAAAGUUCGUGUGAGAGCGUUUAAACGAUAAAAUAGUAGAACUAACGUUACCAAGUAAAUGUAAAAUGGCAAGCAAUUUGUUGCAAAUUCAGAAAAGAUUUCGAGAACAAGGAUAAGAGGAUGAUCUGCUGUUUGUUGUUUGUGUGUAUCCGUAUACGGUGCGAUAAUGAGUUUAGGAGAUUGAAAAACAAUUUAAAAAUGAAGAAACACAGUACAGAACAAGCUAUUUAAUGUAUAUGAGUAGAUGUGGUGUGUUCUAUCUAGGGCGCAAAGGUGUGCAGAACUCUUUGCUACAGCAAACGAUCACCGUGCCUUAAAAUUGAGUUACACGAUACACACAUUUUGGUAGGAUGUUUUGGCCACACAGGCACACGAUACACCUCAGUGAUUGCACAAUUUGAAGAGAGUUGUCAUAUACACACACACACACACACACACACCUAAAACUACCUUUGAGUGCUCUGAGUAAAUACAUUGCCAGAAAUGUGAUAGUCCGCCCCACUGCAACACACUUUAGUUUAGAAGAGGGAACACAACAAAAAGGCAAACAAACAGCAAUAAUGAAUUACUCUUUUAAAAAUAAGCUUUCAUGAUAUGGAUUUCAAUUACUCUGGUGUGAGCAAAGCAAUACUUGGUACAGUGUAUGAAGCCGGUCAAAGGCAUUCCACUGUUUGCAAAUGCAAAAAAAAGUCUAAAAUAUGCUAAACUUUGCAACUUUACACUCCUACACUAUUGCACUGCUGCUGCACGAUGAGAUGAUGCAUUCCUUCGAUUGGACAGUGGGGGCGAGCAACAGCAAACCAACCCCAUGGAACAUGUUCUCGUUCCGCAUACACAUAACCAACACACACACUUUCUCUUGUACAAGCAACUUUGUACAAGACAACUUUUGAACGUUUCACUAUCCUCGGGUAAAAUGGGGCUGAAGAGAGUUGUUUUUAACGCGACACUUAUUUACUGUUGGAACACGUUUAGUGGUAUAGCUGUAAGCUACGAAAUAAACACACACUCACAAAACACAAACACACUGUAAUAGUAUGCAAACUGUUAAAUUGUACGAAUUAAACACGCGCGGCUGGUAGCUUGUGACGAGGGAUGAUGGAAUAAAAUGUGUGUUGCUGCGGUGAAGAGUGUACCAGCAGGAGGGAGGAGGCGAUCGGUAUGGCUUAAUAA